GUGCACCAUGCCUUCCCGAAUGCCGUCGGCACGCUGAGCCAGCGCGGCCGCUUCCACGGCUGGGAGAAGGUUCAUGAUGCAGCUGCAGAAGUCCUGCACCGCGGGCUGUGGAAGCCCAACGGGGAUGAGGAGACCCAGAUGCAGAAGACGCAGAAGAAGCGCUCCAUGAUGAUGAAGCAGGGCAAAUGA